UAGGCAGCUCUAGGACAGAAGGGAGGCAGAAAGCUGCAGACACUGCUCUCUGAGGACCACACCUCAGAGAAGGGCUGAUCUUCCCGGUGGGGUUGCUCUGAGGCUUCUGGCAGGGAGGCAGGCCUGAAAACUGAUCUCCAAGAGGGCGUGGCUCCAGAAUGCCAGCAAAUAAAAAUCCAGAGAGCCAGCCCCAGCUGAAGACCAGUGGAAGUCCAGAGGAGCAGCUCCGCAAGCCUCUUGGUUUCUAGGCCUUGGAAGUGGUGCCCAUGGCGUCCCCCCGAACGCUGCUCCUUUGCCUGCUGGUCCUGGCGGUCACUGGAGGCUGGGGUCGGCAGGUGGCCAGCCCAGGCUGCCACUUGCACCCCUUCAAUGUGACAGUGCGAAGUGACCGCCAAGGCACCUGCCAGGGCUCCCAUGUGGCCCAGGCUUGUGUGGGCCACUGCGAGUCCAGUGCCUUCCCUUCCCGGUACUCCGUGCUGGUGGCCAGUGGCUACCGACACAACAUCACCUCCGUCUCUCGGUGCUGCACCAUCAGCGGCCUGAGGAAGGUGAAGGUGCAGCUGCAGUGCUGGGGGGACCGGAGGGAGGAGCUGGCGAUCUUCACUGCCAGGGCCUGCCAGUGUGACAUGUGUCGCCUUUCCCGCUACUAGCCCAUCUUUCCCCUGUCCCCGUGGUCAGAGGGCUUGAGCUGGGGCUUAUUCUGUAUAUCCUGAGCCUCCCUGAGGACAGCAGCCCCACCCCUGAAAGCCGUGGUGGUUGCCUCCUGAGAAGGGGGAUGUUUCUACCUCUGCUAGGCCUCCUAACCAGCUUUCACUAUUUCCCUUCCUUCCUUGUCCCUACCCCUAAAUAAAACAAGCAGUUCUCAA